AUGGUUCGGAGGAUGGGACUCGCAGGACUGCCUUUCACUCGUACGGACGUAAGACAUCGCCCAUACAGCAGAAGUGGCGUUACCGCGUCGGCACUGCCAGGCGAACCUUUUUUGUUUUGGCAGGAUUUCCCAACCACCGUGCCUCCGUCACCAACUUCCGACCACUUGGGUUCAAGCCAGGACGAGGACUGCGCAUAG